CCUGUGAGGGAGAUUGUGGAUGUGGUGAUGUUAAGGCCCGUGCCUCCACCGGAGAAGGAGCGCGAGUUCAAGUUCAGCGAGUAAGUGGAUGCUUUCCAUUCGUACGGGUGGUGGGAGGGCGUGACAACGAAGGAGAAAGGGGAGGGGAGGGGAGGUUUACGGUGUAUUUCAGGAGAUCAAGGGAGGAGAUGGAGUUCGGGAAGGAACGGUUGAGGCUGCAUAGAGAGUGGGCAAAUGGGGCUUGGAAACCUCCUUUUGAGGAGGAGAACGUGAAGCUGAACCAAGAGAAGGUGGAGAAUUUGCCACUUUUGGAGAAUGCCAAACCUAGUGAAGCAGCAAAAGAGCAUAUGUAUAGUAGCAAAGGAACACAUGUUGAAGUUAGGAGUGAUGAAAAAGGUUUUGAAGGUGCUUGGUUUGCUGCAACUGUUAUUGAACCAUUGGGAAAGGACAAGUUCCUUAUCGAGUACCAGACUUUGAAAACUGAAGAUGGCAAAGCCUUUCUAGGAGAGGAGGUUGAUAUUCUGCACAUUAGGCCUUCUCCGCUAGAAAUUAAAAUGGUUUAUCGUUUCAAGUUGCUCAAUGAGGCUGAUGCUCUCUAUGAUAAUGGUUGGUGGGUAGGUGUAAAUGUGAUUGCUAGAAAUUAAUGCAACAAAUACGUUGUUUACUUCAAGACCACUACUGAGGAGAUGGAGUUUGGAGACUCUGAGUUAAGGCUACACCAGGAAUGAAUUGAUAGCAAAUGAGCUAUGGCAUCCACGGUAUGAUUCUUGGUUAUUCUAAUGCGCCCCUAUGGCUCUUAAAGCUCUAAUGUUAUCAGGUUGCUCUUGUGAGCCAAAGUUUUACCCUGCUCAUUUCAGGGGUUCUGAAUUCUGUUGAGUUUCUAACCAUUCAAACAAAAUUACACCCAAUACACUCCACAGUUUUGUAUUGUUU